UUCAUGGUCCGCGGGAGUUUAAAAGUCUUCAUCCGUAGCCGUACACGACCCAUGCCCCAAUGAUUUAAUAACAUAAUGUAUACCUAACACACGAAAAUAAUUAUUGAAACGUGUUUUUAUAUAGAGAACUCGAUGAUGGUCGAGUAUGGUUAUUUGGAUUGUUAAUACACCUAAUUGCGUUUUUUUAUUCUAACGAUACCUAUGUGCUAUUGUUGUGAAAAAUAUAUUUAAAUUAUUUCCUACUAACCGAGUACAACGAUGUCGAGUUUAACCAUUUAAUUAAAUAACAAGCUACUGCAAACUACGUUCUCCAAUGUUAGACAACGACGGAAGCAUAUUCGCAAAAAUGUGAGUAUUACACUCGAAAUACCUAAAUAAUAUAUUUAUGACGAAAUCCACAUCUCUUGAAAACCUAAAUAACUGUAUUUAUUUUAUUUACAUUGUAACAUUGAUCGUUUUUAAUACACAGUCAUUUAUAAAUUAUAAUGUCAUUUAUUUUCAAAAUGUAUAACCAUCCAAUAAUGAAAAUGAUUUCAAGCCAUUCGAGCACAACGGGGUCGUAAUAAACUCGCCAACCGAUGACAGUGUUGAGUAUUUAUUUUUUUCUUAUCCAUUAGAGUGUUAUUGUGUUUUCGAUUACAUUAUUUUAUUACAUAGGCUUACAGCGUGCAUACAGAAUAACAAUUUUUGUUCAUAAACAUUUUAAAACGCUCGGUGGUUGUCAAUAGUCAAACGAAAAAAAAACCUAUGCAUUUUUCAAGCUUCAAGUACACAGGGCUUCUUACAAUACAUAUAAUACGAGUUUACUAGAAUAUUUUUACAUUGCAAGUAGUACCUACUGCGCAUUAAUAAUAAUAAUAUAUAUUAUUCUAUUUUUUUGUUUUAAACUUAAUAUCAAAAAAAUUACUACAUAGUUUCACCGAGAGCAACUCGUAUGGUGAUCCAGGUGGAUAUUGGUUUGUAAUUAUUCCUAAUAGUAUACACCUAAAACUUCAAUUAACAUAAGAAAUUACUUAGUUCACAUAUUUCUAUAGGACAUAAUGAUCAUAAUAUAAUGGUAAUGUUUUACGUGGUAUUCGCAAAGAAUAAAAAAAAAUUAAAGCGAUUUAAAGAACUGUGUUUGUGUAUUAUUAGGGGCCAAUUAGGUGUAGUGUUAUAGCACAAUAUGUCAUCCGUGCAUAAAAUUGACAGUUUCCACUAUGUAAUCACAAUAGCCAGAAAUGAUUUUACGGACGUGCUCAAUGUUUACAGUAAUAAACGUCACAAGGAAAGCGCGGAGUAAAAAUACGAAUAAAAAUUAUAAGUAAAAUAAUAGAUGAAACCAAAAUACUUUUUAAAGAUCUAGGUGGAGUUCGGAAUUUGCUGCGCGAACAUCUGCGAUUGACAAUCGGUUGAACGUCCACGGCGGUGUUUGGCAAGCAUAAACCGUCAAAAAUUUCCAAGUAAUUAGAAAAAUGUAUGUCUCUACUCGUAUAUAUGUUGGUAUCUCAAUGUGUUUGUGUUAGUUUGUGUUAGCCAUUCAGCAAGCUAUAACGUAAUAUUUUUUAGUUUAUUACUUUAAACAAAAUUUUAGUUUAAAAUAAUUUAAGUAUUAUUACAUAUUUGUCGGACACUCUAAGCACUAAAAAAAAUAAUAUAAUGCCAUGGAUGAGAAAUAAUCUGCUGACUAUAAAAAAAAUAUUGUUGCAAAAAAAUGAAAGGUGGGUUAUUAAUCGUAACUAACAAAAUAUCUAUAACUAUAAUCAAACUUGAAAUUACACAUAAAACAAUACGCAUACAUUUUUGUAUCAAUUUAAUUAAACAUAAUUGUCAUAAACAGAUAUUUAAAAUAAAAGAUAAAAACACGUGUACAAUUUUAUCAAAGCAUCGAUGUGUUUUUAUAUGUAUACACAAAUAAUAUUUGGUCUGCAUGUUACUUACAAGAAAUGAGACCAUUUUUGCAAGUACUUGCCGCAUUCUAAAUUUAAUAGUUGACAAGGAUUUGUUAUAGUACAAUUAAUCAACGUCUAUCGACCUUUUGUAUUCGUGGGCGUUCGUGGACUAAUGUUUCUUUUUGCUGUUGCUAUCAAUAUUAUUCUCGAGGUAGUAUCUACCGAAAUAUCGUGAUGUAUAAACACUUUUAUUUUAUUUAUCGAUGAUAAAUUUAUAAUGCUACCGAUUCUUAGUACACAUUAAUCUAAAGAUGUGAUUGCCGUAGUCGAACAGUAGAUUACGAUUAUAUUAAGGGCUGAUAAACGCACAGCCGUUAGUUCAAACCCAGUCGCCGACUGGUGGUUAUAACCGGACAAGAAAACCGCCUCUAGAGAAAAAAACGCUCCACCUCUUUGUCCGAUGUCACCCAAAACACUCCAACAUUCAACUAUAAACUGACCAUGCCAAAAAACCCACGUAAGGGCUGUAACCUGGACUCGGUUACCAGGCUCUCCUUAUCAAAUAGAUUAAUAAAAUAAAAACAAUUAAAAAAACGAAAAGCUUGCAACAUUGCACAUUCAUGUAAAUCUUAAGGAAAUUCUGUUCGGAACUGGAUAAAGAUUAAAAUCCACGUCACCCCGGAGAGAUAUAUUUCUGCCGUCUUUUUUAUCAAUAAUAUCUAUUGGUAUUAAAUACGAUUUAAUACUGGAGUCACCGGAACGACGAAACGUGUACAUACAUUGUAAAUUAUUGUCAUAGUUAAAGUAAACUUAAUAUUGUAAUCUACAAUUUAUAUGCGCUGGCCAAAUUUCGGCGGAUUUAUUUUUUAUUAGCUAAAUCUAUGGGUUAUUAAUAUCCACGUAACAACAAUAACAUUGCUAUGAAACAUAAUUUGACAUCUGCAUUUAUUACAUUUUGGUCAUAAAGUACGAUUAUUGAUUCUUUUGUACAUUUGAUUAUUUAUAAAUUAAUUUAACUAAUAAUUAAUAAAUUUGACAUUGAAAUGGAUGCAUACACUCUACAUUUGUUGAUGAAACUUCGAAGUGCGAAGAAUCGCAAUGAGAUAAGCGAUGAAGAGUACUAUAUCCUAGAGCAAUCGAUCUUGAGUAACAGGACCACGAAUCGCAAAUAUAAGGAAUAUGCCAAAUGGACGAAUACGCAUCGCUCCUAUUUUGGGUGGACAUGGAGCUGGUCAACGGUAAUGCGGGAGUUGAGGUUACCACUUAUUUACCUUUCGAUCGUUCUGUUUGCGAUCCAGUACUUUACCAAAGACCACGACACAAAGGAUUGGUCGUACUGCGAUGCGUUGAUGAAGAAACAAUGCCAAAACGGCGGUGUACUCGUUCAAAAUAAAGGAGUGUUCACGUGCCAAUGUCCGCAUAAUUAUUACGGGGAACUAUGUGCCGACGAGCGAUAUUUUUCAACCGUUUCCCGGCUGAUUGGCGGUGCUUGGUUCGACGGUGCGAACGAAGACAUGCGAAGAGGCGCGCCUAAAAUGUGGUGGUGGCAGUCCCUUUUUUCGACCACUGAUCCUGCGGAACGGUACCAGAAAACCGUUAUCUCGUUCCACCAACAGCAACUGAAACGAAUGACGGACGACUGGGUUUCGACGGACGGCACCGAGAACGACAUCCUAGUCUCGACGACGAACUCCAGCAGGAUAUUACUGCCUGCCCGUCCGAUAUACUGUCCAGUUAACGAUAACUUGCCGCCGUUGAACACGUUGUACGACCAAGUGUUCAAGCGGGAAAAGGACGGUGGUUUGACGCAGGACCCGAAACGGCGGAAUCUGCUGUACCGCACGUUUUACCGGUACUUCGUCAUGCAGUUUUUUGGAAAAGAUUACGAUUCGACGGUGACGGGCUCUCAGCUGUACGGGAGCGACGGGGACGCGGAGAAAAGGCUCAGGUCGAUGGCCGGCGGCAAGCUGAAGACCGAGUACUCGGGCGGUGAACAGUAUCCGUCGCGGUUGUCCUUCGCGGAGAAGAUCCGGAAGGUGUUCACCCGGACGCCGGUAGCCGAUCAACAGCACUGGUUCAACCAAGCGGUGACCGUCGGCCAACCACCGCGGUCGGUGUUCGCGGACGUUUACGGGGCCCUGCGCACCCAGUGGGCAGUGGCCAACCCGCUGCUGGGCGAGGACCCGCUGCUGUUCGCCAUGACCACGUUAUGGGUGCGUGAGCACAACCGCGUGUGCGACCUACUGACGACCCGUUGGCCCGAGUGGACGGACGAUCAGCUGUACGCGGUCGCCAGGAGGACGGUGGUCGCGCAGAUGAUGGCCAUCAUGAUGAACGAGGUGUUACCCGCGGCCAAUCCGUUCACGUUGAAAUACCACCCAGAGACGUACCGCGACGUGCUCCUGAACACCAGUGCCCCUGCUAAAACGCCGCUGGAGUUACUGUUGACGACCAUCUUACCGUCCGGUCUACCCGACGGUUUAGACGACACUAGGCAAAUAUUAGCGAGUGGUAUGACUGAAACGGUCAGAUUCAUGGUCGAUCAAAAAAUGGGAUCGUUGACUAGUAACAACGACGGCGAUGCGACGAUGCCGCUAACAAAAUUACUGAUCAAAUUAUCCCGGGAAAAUAGGAUAAAAGGUUUUAACGAUUAUCGAAGACAUUUCGGAUUACGAGCCUACAAAAGCUUCUACGAGCUGACCGAAAACCAUGAAACGGCUAAUAAGUUGAUAUCGUUGUAUGGAGAUGUCGACAACGUAGAGCUGUUGACUGGAAUGUUGACGGAAAAGAAAAGUGACAAUGUAGUUCCCACGUUCACGGUCAUGAUCAAUAGUUUUAUAGUUAAUUCGAUCAUCACAAAUCCUCUGGGUAGUAAAGAAUUAUGGAAUGCAGAUACGUUCGGGGGGGAAUACGGUUUUGACUUAGUAAAAUCUGCCAACAUUAAAACAUUAAUUUGUAACAACCUGAUCGAUAAAUGCGACAGUAAUUUUACUGUCGAUAUUUAUGCAAAAUAGGUUUCAACAUUUUUUAAGUAUUUUGUAUAGGUCUUAUUAUUUUUUUGACAUAUACAAAUUAAUUUAUAAUUGCAAAUUCAUUGAUCUUCAUUCAGUUAUGUAUUUAAGCUUAGUCCAAAUAGCCAUUUUUUUUAAAUACAAUACCUAACGUAUUUUAAUAUUAGAAUAUACUGAGUAAUCGGAGUAGUCCAGCAUGUUUUACAGAUGGAAAUAUAUCCGUAUAUAAAUAUUAAUCAGUGUUAUUGAUGACUGUGUAUGAGACUCUUGAUAGAUAAUAGAAAUAUGAUCAUAUUAAUUUAACGCAAGAAUUAAAAAAAAAUAUAAUUAGAUUAUACGAUCGUGGCAUACAAAGAACAAAACGUUAUAAGUUACAACCAUUGAACCAAAAAACGGCUGGUUUACAAGUUGAAAAGUAAACCAGAAUAAAACAAAUGUGAUGAGUCUGAUGAAGUAAAAAUUAUCUAAAAGUAUUUUAUUACAGAAGGUUGCAUAAGUUGUACGAUAUCAUUCAACUAGAAUAGUAACAUCUGAUAUGACUAAUUUACAUGGAUUAACUCGUUUAAAAUUAGAACAAUUCAGCAAAACUAUUUUUGAAUUAUAGUUAUGAACACUAUGAAUAAAUUGAAUAAUAUGAUUGAAAUUAAAACAAGCAAACACGUCCAUUACCCUUCCCCCCAUUUAGAAAUGUGUGAUUUUUUUCAUGUUUAUAAUUAGUAUGUAAUUUUCAUGAAUUUGUACGACUAUUUUCAGAAUUUGUACGGAGUUCGUUCACCGAGAAAAAUUCGUUUUUCGUGGGAGGGACUGGAAUAACGUUAUUCGUACAAAUUCAUACAAAUUACAUACUAAUUAUUCGCAAAAUAAAUUUUUGUAAAACGUGUAUUUUUAUUGGUGGGAAGGGCUGAAAUAACGUAUGUUAAAUAUUUCAAAAGUGAAUAAAUCAAAUAAUUUGUUUAUUUCGACUGGAAUGAUUAUUUUUUGAAUUUAAUGAAAAACGCUUGGUAUCAUAUGAAGCUGAAAUGGCCAUCAUUUGAAAAAUUACACAAAUGUAAAAUAAAAUCAUAGAUACACACAACCACACGAUUUAUUAAAAUAAAAACAAUACAUGACGAUAUCCACGUAUUGUAUUAUCACUUCAUGUGCGCUGCUCGACUCUAAACGUAUGGUAUGUUAACAGUAAUACUACGUACAUGGUGUAUCAUUUGUUUUUCUAUUUUCUCUGCCUACCACGUAUACAUCCGAUUAUUUUUUAACUUCCUGACGCUAACAUGCUGUGUUUGUUCGGCCCUAACCGCCGCCACCAUGUGUUCCCAGUACACGCGUUUGCUUAAGGUCCAUUAGAAUUCAAACCGAGACGAUCGCGUUAUGUUAUAGCUAAUGUAUGGCGAGAGCACCGCGUGUACGCGCCGCCAGUGGCGUAUCAAGGAUAUGGCGAGCUGUGCCUACGCCAGGGGCGCGAAAUGCAAAGGGGGGUGCUGUAAGUCUUCCUACGCCACUACGCACCACGAUGAUGACACGUCCGCCAAACCAGUCAGAAACGUCCGCCAAACCAGUCAGAAACGUUGAUGAAAUCCGUAUAUUAUUGCGUUACUAUUUCGUUACCAUUACCAUCGAGCUCUACAGGGAUAAUGUUGAUCGUAUUAUUUCUACGAGAUCGUUUUUUCCCCCGUCCAAUCUCAAAAUUGUAUGGCUUACGUGCGCUAAAUAAAAACUUUUUUAUAUUAAAAAUGUUGAUGUUUUUAUACUAAGUUUGGUUUGUAUGGUCAACAGCUUAAUGUAGGCAAAUGGUUAUGGUCCCAACGUGUCCACAUUUUCGUUUUCUAUUUCCAUUUCCAUCCAAAGAAUCCGGUGUAUCUUUAUAAAAUAGUUUAUCCAUACCGCUGUAGAUUAAAUUUUCUUAAUUGAAUUACAGAAAUCAA